CCUAACUCCUGUCAAACUUGGCUGACAGGUAUUUCUACUUUACUUUGCCUGUGGUUCCAAAAUUUUCGAUUCUAAAAUCGAAAUAAAAAUUGAAACUGCAUCUGAUUCUAUUAUCGAAGAUAAUUUAAAUUUAAAAUCAUGGCUGCAGUAGCUAAGGUACCCGCGUUAAUCAGCUCCGCAAUCGCACAGGCUAGGCCAAAGUUUGCAAUCUUCAUGAAAUAUGCCAAGGUAGAAUUAGCACCCCCUAAGUUAAGCGAGAUCCCACAAAUCAAAGCUGGUAUUGCAAAGCUUCUCAGCAGCGCUAAAUCUGGUGCGUGGAAACAGCAGACCGUGAAGCAAGCCACUCUGAACACUUUGGUUGGUGCCGAGGUACUUUUCUGGUUCUAUGUUGGAGAAUGUAUCGGUAAACGCCACAUCGUCGGCUACGAUGUUUAAAUUGAUUUUAAGUGUAAUAAUGUAGAUACUCUGUCGAAAUAAAUUAUUAAAACAACA